UUUAGCACCGUGCUGAGUGCUGACAGAAUCAAAAUCAAAAAGUUUGGACAUCAAAUUACCCGCCCCGUCCAUUUGGGCGUGAUUGAACAACCGCUCUUCCCGAUUAAGCACCACCAAAAUGGCAUCCACCUCCUCCGCCUCCUCGUCGAGAAUGAAGACUGCCGCAAUGGCUCUUCAGUCUGAUAAUCAAACUAUCAUUGCUGAAAUUCGUAGAACUAUGAACAUGUUCAAGGAUAUAGCAGUUGAUUUGGAGGCUGAUCAUCAAUCUGAAAUGGUGAAGGAGUUAGAAGUUGGUUUUAUUCAAUUGUUGGAAACUACGGGAGAUUGCAUGCAUUUUUCAGCCGCAAUUGAAUCAAUUGGGAAUGGAUAUGAACCUAAAGAACAGCUAACAGAUUUUAAGAAGCUGUUUGAUGAAGAAAUUGAAAAGCAAAAAUCUAGAUUGUCUGUUGCUCCUGAGAAAGAUCCCCUAUUUCGUCAGUUUACUGCAGCUGUGUGGAAUGUUAAUCAUGCUGGACAACCUAUGCCAGGUGAAGAGGAGGAGGAUAUUAUAGUGACCAGUACACAGUCUAACCUUCUGAAUGUUAACUGCCCACUAAGCGGAAAGCCUAUUGUUACUUUGUCAGACCCUGUCCGUAGCAUGGACUGCAAGCAUAUAUACGGCAAGAAGUUUAUAAUGCACUACAUAAAGAGCACGAAAGGGCUACAAGCUAAAUGUCCCAUCACAGGUUGCCCAAAAAUAUUACGGGAAGAUAGAGUGGUUUGUGACCCAUUACUACGGAUUGAAAUCGAAGAAAUGAAAGCCAUGAGCAAGGAAAGUGGGCCAACCAAUAUCGUAGAAGAUUUUACUGACCUUAAUGAAGAAGAAUCAGAGUAAUCAAGCAGAGGACAUGUACAAAUUUAUGAUGACAGUGUGAUUUGAAAUCCCCGCCAAUGGUCAAGUAUUUGUCCUCUUUUUGUGUAUUGCUGAUAUUUGAUGUCAUGACUUGCAUUUCACCCAUUUAAUUGUUUCUGGUUUGCAAGGGUCACUAAAAGUGAUAUUAAGUUGUCUUGAAGUAUUCAUAUUUUUGGA